UUUUAGACUUUUAGUGGGAUGGUGGAGAUGAUUAAGUCAAGCCUUUUCCAGGAUCAUUUCUAGGACUUUCGUUACUCCGCUUCACUCCCCCUUGAGCAAUCACUUUUAUUUGAAUAUGGCUUCGGAUGCACCAAGUAACGAGUUGUUGGAGUGGCCAAAGAAGGAUAAGCACCGGUUCUUACAUGCUGUAUAUCGUGUUGGUGACCUUGAUCGCACAAUCAAGUUUUACACAGAAUGUUUUGGGAUGAAGCUGUUGAGGAAGAGAGAUGUUCCAGAAGAGAAAUACUCAAAUGCCUUUCUUGGGUUCGGUUCAGAAGAGUCUCAUUUCGUAGUGGAGUUAACAUACAACCAUGGAGUGGAUAAAUAUGACAUUGGAACAGGCUUUGGACAUUUUGCUAUUGCAACUCCAGAUGUUUACAAAUUAGUUGAAGAAGUAAAAGCCAAGGGUGGUGGCAGUGUCUCAAGGGAGCCUGGUCCUGUUAAAGGUGGAAACUCUGUUAUUGCUUUUGUGAAAGAUCCUGACGGUUACGCUUUUGAAAUUAUUCAAAGAGGUCCUACUCCUGAACCACUCUGUCAAGUAAUGCUACGUGUUGGUGAUCUUGAUCGCUCUAUCAAAUUCUAUGAGAAGGCACUGGGAAUGAAACUUUUGAGAAAGAUUGAUAGACCAGAAUACAAGUACACCUUAGCCAUGAUGGGGUAUACUGAUGAAGAUAAGACAACUGUUCUGGAAUUGACAUAUAAUUAUGGUGUGACUGAAUAUACAAAAGGAAAUGCAUAUGCGCAGGUUGCUAUCAGUACUGAUGAUGUGUAUAAAAGUGCUGAGGUCAUAAAAUUGGUCACCCAAGAGCUUGGAGGAAAGAUAACUCGAGAACCGGGGCCAAUUCCUGGAAUUAACACUAAGAUUACCUCUUUUCUAGAUCCAGAUGGCUGGAAAACAGUUCUUGUUGACAAUGAAGAUUUUCUGAAGGAACUGCAGUAGUAAAUUCCGAAAUGAAAAAGCAUUGUGCAAAUGUGUUGCGCGUAUAGAUCUUAGUACAACCUCUAAUAUGAAUAAGUUAAUCUGGCUUUACUAACAAGGCCGUCUUCAUAUUGACAACAGCUAUCCCUGUAAUAUCUACAUAUGCUCUCUUUCUCUUU